AUGGUGCUUCAAGAUCUCGGGCGGCGCAUCAAUGCCGCGGUCAACGACCUCACGCGGUCGCCAAACCUCGAUGAGAAGGCCUUUGAAGCCAUGGUCAAGGAGAUCUCCAACGCCCUCGUCGAAGCCGAUGUAAACGUCAAGCUCGUCAUGAACCUCCGCCAGUCCAUCAAGCGCUCCGUCGACUUCAAGCACCUUGCGCCCAAUGUCAACAAGAAGCGCGUGAUCCAGAAAGCCGUCUUCGAUGAACUCGUCAAGCUCGUCGACCCCCACGCCGAGCCGUUCAAGCCGAAGAAGGGAAAAUCCAACGUCAUCAUGUUUGUUGGUCUGCAGGGUUCCGGAAAGACGACAACGUGUACGAAGCUGGCGAGAUGGUACCAGGCGAGAGGAUUCAAAGCGUGCUUGGUGUGCGCGGAUACUUUCCGUGCCGGUGCGUUCGACCAGUUGAAGCAGAAUGCGACCAAGGCGAAGAUUCCGUACUUCGGUUCCCACACCCAAACGGACCCCGUCAUUGUGGCAGCAGAGGGUGUGGAAAAGUUCAAGAAGGAGCGCUUCGAGAUCAUCAUCGUGGACACGUCAGGUCGACACAGGCAAGAGAAGGACCUUUUCGAUGAGAUGGUGCAGAUUCAAAACGCAGUCCAGCCCGAUCAGACAAUCAUGGUGCUCGAUGCGACAAUCGGUCAGGCAGCAGAAGGCCAGGCGCGAGCCUUCAAAGACGCGGCAGACUUCGGAGCCAUCGUCAUCACGAAGACAGACGGUGCAGCAGCGGGUGGUGGUGCCAUUUCCGCAGUCGCAGCAACACACACGCCCAUCGUCUUCAUCGGUAAUGGAGAGCACAUGCUCGAUCUCGAGCGCUUUAGCCCCGAGCCCUUCGUCUCGAAACUGCUCGGCAUGGGCGACGUGCAAGGUCUCGUCGAGCACGUGCAAUCGCUCAAGCUCGACCAAAAAGACACCAUGAAGCACAUCACCCAGGGCAUAUUCACCAUUAAGGACCUGCGCGACCAACUCUCCAACAUCAUGAAAAUGGGCCCCCUCUCCAAAAUGGCGGGCAUGAUCCCCGGUCUCGGCAACAUGAUGGGCGGCAUGGACGACGAAGAAGGCGGCGCCAAGCUCAAGCGCAUGAUAUACAUCUGCGACAGCAUGACAGAAAAGGAACUCGAAUCUGACGGCAAGAUGUUCGUCGACCAGCCUACCCGCAUGACCCGCAUCGCCCGCGGCUCAGGCACAAGCGUGCGUGAGGUUGAGGAACUGCUUACUCAACAUCGCAUGAUGGCCGGCAUGGCCAAGAAGAUGAAGGGCGGCAUGGCGAAUAUGCAGAAAGCCCAGGGCGCCAUGGGCGGCGGCAACAAGCAGCAGCAGCUUGCGGCUAUGCAGAAGCGCAUGCAGAGCAUGGGCGGCGCCGCGGGUCGUGGCGGCGGCGGCAUGCCUGAUCUCGGCGCUAUGAUGAAGAUGAUGGGCGGUGGUGGUGGUGGCGGUAUGCCGGAUAUGUCAGCACUCGGUGGCAUGGGUGGCAUGCCGGAUAUGAACGCCAUGAUGAAGAUGAUGGGAGGGAUGGGUGGAAUGGGAGGCGGAAGUCCGGGUGCUGGCAGGGGAGGAAGGCGGUAG